CUGAAGGGCAGUGUUGGAGGAAAAUCGUUUUUCUGGAUGUCUGAAGAUGAAAGAGUGAAUAAAUCCAACAGAUAUGGAAUUGAGUGUAUAUUAAAAUCAUUCAAUAGUGAAGGAUACCUGCUGUAUUGAGCCUAUCGCGGGAAUUGAUGUUCACUGGCAGUGCAAAUUAAAAAGUGAAUGAAGCAGAAGCUGAUCAAUGAAUAAUAAAUAGGUUGAAUGCAAUGAAAAACAUCCAAUGCCAGCGAUUUGAAUGGCCAGCGGCGUAGAAGCAGUGGAGGACAGCUAGAGGAAAAUAAAAUACAGUGCAGCACGGCAGAAUAGAGGGCUGUCUGUCAGUCGAAAAGCACUGCACGGAACAGAGCCAGAAGCUAAAGCGGAAAAACGUAAUUGCAUUUGAUGAGUUUUAAUGAAUUCGAACGAAGAACCGAAGAACCGAACCUAAUAUAGGAUUUGCUAGAGGACGAAGGACAGCGCCAAAAGUUACGUGUGGUAGAAACGGGAAAAGCAUUUGAAGUUUCUCAGAUAGGAAAAGUUUAUUUUUCGCUCGACCUCUCGGUGCUCCGAUGCCCCUUUUUCGACGAGCAAAUGUGGAAAACAAGAAAUUUAACUGAGAGGAUUAGUGUGAAUAUUUCAGCUCAAGUGUUCGGAAGGAAGAAGUCGAGAAAACUUGAGGAAGCAAGAAGAAUCAAACAGUGAGAAAAAAUAAAAGUUUUAUCGAGCCGUGAACGUGUGCGUGAUCACGUUCGGAAAUCGAAAACAGUGCAGCCUAGAUUGGAGUUUGAUGGAAACUGGAGUGCUCGGUGCCGCAGGACGUGCCCAUCAGAGGCUACCAAAAGCGUACGGCGAAGUAGGAUAGUUUCUGCUCUCCGAAUCACGCGCCACCUUGUGUACAGUAACCCUUGAAUCCUAUUUCUACUCGGUAGUGAACGGUAGUGUGUCCACAUUGUAAUGCAAUUUUUUAGCGUUCUAGCGUAGAUAAACAAAAAUAUUCAAUUCACGUAAAUGGCUUUAAAUCUUCACGUAUGAUGUGUGUGUUAAAAAGAUAAUGUUUAUCCUAAUCAUCCAAUCAAUUACAGUUCACUCAUAGACGAUAGCAUUCUCGUCAAAAGGAAAGUUUCGUUCGAACAUCGAAUGAGAAAGCUAUUACUGUGCUGAGCCAUUAGUGGAAAGAGCGAGUCCUCUAACAAAAAGUGGUGCAGUGCUAAUCGUAAUUAAAGAAAACACAUCGCUCCCUAGUCUUGUGAAAAUAAAGACGAGUCGUGGAAAAAUAAAAACGGCGCCCGGUGUAGGUGCCAAAGGUGCCGCCUUCAUUCCGAAGGAGGCUCCACAGGGGCGCUAGGCUGUCAUCUGCAGGCGAUGCACCGAUUUGCGGAUCGACCGGGUGGACCUGGCCUAAGAUGGGGAGCGUGCUACUCACGGCUGUGUUCAUAGCGUUACAUUUUGCUACCGGCCUGGCCAACUCAGAUUCUAAGCGUUUAUAUGACGACCUGCUAAGCAACUACAACCGAUUGAUACGGCCUGUGGGCAACAACUCCGAUCGACUAACAGUUAAAAUGGGUCUACGGCUCUCACAGCUCAUCGACGUGAACCUAAAAAACCAAAUCAUGACUACUAACGUGUGGGUAGAACAGGAAUGGAACGACUACAAGCUCAAAUGGAACCCAGAUGACUACGGUGGGGUGGACCAGCUUCACGUACCAUCGGAACACAUUUGGCUGCCAGAUAUUGUACUGUAUAAUAAUGCGGAUGGAAACUAUGAGGUGACAAUAAUGACAAAAGCAAUUUUACAUCAUACGGGUAAAGUAGUAUGGAAACCACCUGCCAUUUAUAAAUCAUUUUGUGAGAUCGAUGUUGAGUACUUUCCAUUUGACGAGCAAACAUGUUUUAUGAAAUUCGGAUCCUGGACGUACGAUGGAUACAUGGUGGAUCUUCGCCAUCUCCAGCAGACGCCCGACUCCGAUAACAUAGACGUGGGAAUAGACCUACAAGACUACUAUAUAUCAGUUGAAUGGGACAUUAUGAAGGUGCCUGCCGUUAGAAAUGAAAAAUUUUAUAGUUGUUGUGAAGAACCAUAUCCGGAUAUUAUAUUUAAUAUAACGUUAAGAAGAAAGACACUUUUCUACACCGUGAACUUAAUCAUACCUUGCGUUGGGAUAUCGUUUCUCUCCGUAUUAGUGUUUUAUUUGCCAAGUGAUUCCGGCGAAAAGAUAUCAUUAUGUAUAAGUAUAUUACUGUCACUCACUGUGUUUUUUCUACUGCUGGCUGAAAUCAUUCCACCAACGUCACUUACGGUUCCACUGCUAGGAAAAUAUUUAUUAUUCACGAUGAUGCUAGUCACAUUGUCCGUAGUUGUUACCAUCGCCGUACUGAACGUUAAUUUUAGGUCGCCCGUUACGCACAAAAUGGCACCAUGGGUGCAUCGAGUUUUUAUAGAACUAUUGCCUAGGGUGUUAUGUAUAGAGAGGCCGAAGAAAGACGACGAACCAUCCGAAAACGAGGAGCAAGCGCCAGAGGUGCUGACGGACGUGUUCCAGGUGCCACCGGAUGUGGAAAAAUACGUCAGCUACUGUGGGAAGGAGUACACCACAGAUUUCGAUAUCCCUGCACUGCCACCGUCACGUUUCGACGUGGCCGCAUCGGGUGGCGUUGGGCCAUGUUUUGGCGAGCCACCGCUACCAGCACUGCCACUACCGGGGGGAGAUGAUGACCUCUUCAGCCCAACCAGCAACGGUGACAUGAGUCCGAACUGUUGCGGUGACGUGAGCCCAACGUUCGAAAAGCCCUUGCUGCGGGAGAUGGAGAAAACGAUAGAAGCAUCGCGAUUCGUAGCUCAACACGUUAGGAAUAAGGAUAAAUUCGAGAGUAUAGAAGAAGACUGGAAAUACGUAGCACUUGUCCUGGAUCGCCUGUUCCUGUGGAUAUUCACGAUAGCGUGCGUAAUGGGUACGGCACUCAUCAUCCUGCAGGCACCCAGUUUGUACGACAACACCCAACCGAUCGACGCCAUGUACUCAAAGAUCGCCAAGAAGAAGCUGGAGCUGCUCAAAAUGGGGAGUGAGAAUGUAUAGCAUCCGCCCGGGUUCGCAUCCGCCGUUUGGAAGUACAUUCUGAACUGGAUGCGAACCCUGGUCAACGAGGAUGACCAUUAGAGAGAAAAUAAUCCUCACACAAACUCGCGAGCAUACCCCCGAAACUGAAUUGAAAGAAAGAAUAAAAAAAAUGACGGCAGAAUGUCGCAUCUACCGCCCAUCCGAGUCAGAACCCAAGACAAAAUCGUGAGAGAGAAACAACAGACAACUUCCGAACAAAAACCAAAGUUACUCCACUCGCAUCUCAUAGUCAGUGGCAAACGCAAAUGUUUCACCGGUGGAGUACAGAACUGCUGACAACUCACCAUAUUUCCCCGGUCAAAUUAAUGAAGGGGGGACCUUGUGGCGAUGGUGGCCGACGGCAGAAACGGCUGACCUCGUUGCGUGUCUGGACAGAUCACUCGGGCGGAACAAGGGGUUUCCUCUGAUUCUGCUUUAGCCAAUUGCUCAAUCCAACCCCCCCGAGAGAACCGGGCACACCAUCAUCGUCAACGGCAGGCCAACGCCAUGCUCAGCGGGACCCAUCACGUGAGUCAACAGCGUUAUGUACUGAUUGUUUCGUUUUUCUGUUUUCCAUUUGGUUUUGGUUUUCUCUAGGGAAAAGAAUGUCAAUAACAAUCAAAUUAAUGUUAAUACCGUGUAACAAAGUGUAGUUUUUAUUAAAAAGAGGAAAACUUUUUAUACGACGAACGAUCGGGGCUGGGAGAGGGGUUUCAAAGGAAUAAGUUAG